GUAAAUAUCUCGCGCGUGCGCAGUGGACGUGUCUUGCUCAAUGUUUUUGUUUGAGCCAGUGCGUUUAAACCCAGCUGUCUGACGCUGUGAAGUAGAGCAUCAUGGAGACGGCGGGUCUAAGGAUUUGUGUUUUAUCUCUUCUGUUUUCUUCAGUAACCUGCACAGAGCGGGUGUCUAGCCAACUGAAUACGGAAAACAUCGUGAUUAAUGUGACAGCAGGGACCGUGGCUGACACACAGCUGCAGGACUCCAGCAGCUUGCAGAUCAGUCUGAACCUGUCUGUGGGGGAGCAGCAGGUGUUGGUCAACCACUUCCCCGUGGAGCUGUCCGGUGUCACCAGGUUCACCUGCCAGGCUCUGCUCUUAGACAGCAUCAAUGGCAGCAGUGAGUUUGAAUCUGGGGAUUUGGUGUCCACGGUCACACGGGUGAUGGUGAGCCAGAACCGGCUGUACAGCGACACUGAAGAGGUGCUGGCCCUGCAGGUGUUCAGUGAAGUGAUAGAGCUGGAGGGCAAGGAGGUCCAACAGCCUGACAUGUGUGAGGUGAAGAUACUGAUGAGCCCAGACUUCCAGAAGCUGGCUCAGUUUACCAACAUCUACCCCAUCGGACACAGUGAGAUCUUCAGGCUUCCCAGGGAGAACGACCUGGUGGUCACAGAUCCACCUAACCCCAGGAAAGAUGAAGAACAGCUGAUAUCCCAGACCACCAGCCAGUACCCCCUGAAGCACACAGAGACCACACAGGAGGAGGUGGCCGCCCCGGGAAAGCUCCCAGAGACACCCCUCCGUAUGGACCCUGACCUGCUGUAUGACGUCAGAUAUGAUGAUGAAUUUGAUGUCAGAGAGCCGAGCCAACCUGAUCACGUUCAGAUGGAAAUUCCACCCAAAGAAUUCAUAUCAUCCUACUCUGCUGUGUGUCAGUGGGUGGAGGGGGUGAGGGAGCGUCUGAGGCGCUUCAGCUCCGAGUCGCUGCCUCUCUUCUUCCUGGUGAUGUGGGUGGUGGUGAUCGGCGUGGUCGGAUCAGCGGUCAUCGUCAAGAUUUUGGACAUGUUCUUCCCAACGUGUGAACACAAGCACAUCUUUCAUCUUAACCCCCUCACUCUGAUGCCGGAGGACGAGAAGCACACUCUGCUCGACAACGUAGAAAUAGAGGCAGAAGAGGAAGAGAAGAAGCCUUGAAGGAGGGGGGGGGGGGGGGGGGUGGUGGUGGCCAGCUUCUUUAUUUUCAGUUUAUUUGUUCUCUAACUUGGUCAAUGCGUUAUAUUUUCAGCAUGGCAUGAUUUUGUCACAAGCUUGUAUUCAGAUUUUUUAAGCUGAUUUUUUUUGUUUGCUCCUCAAUUUACCCUUUAAGCUCAAAAGCCAGGGAGCAGGGAGUGCUGUAAUGCCAUCAAAUUCCUCAAAUUCAGUGACAUGAUGAGAAAGGAACAGGAAGUGAGCAGCUGAUGUAGCGGGGCUAGCUGUGUGUGGCCCUGCAGAGAAAAAGGCUUUACUUUGAUGGUUUGUCAUAUAACAGUUUUACCGAGUCAUAAAUGACAUCUACUAGAAAUGAGACAUCUUUUUAUAGAACGCGACUUUGCAAUGUGGCUCAUUCUUCGAUAUACAUCUUCAGUAUUAUUUUAAAGGUAAAGAAAAAGCAGGUGACAUACAUGUAGUCUUAAUGCCAAACAUAAUCCAUGCCGCAUCAAGUCAAACCACCGGCCUGCGUGUCACAUGCUAUAUGUAAAGCUCGUCAAGUGAAGAAAGGAUUUCCAGCAACCAGCUGAGACACCAGGAAAUCCGUGCUUCGUUAUUUCAAUAAAUAAGUGCAUUUCCUUAAAUGAAAACUACUCCUUUGAUGGAACCUAGGCGAAUCGUCCUCAAAGUGCUCAGAGUACGUGUGCAGGGAGAGCUAAGACACUGCAGGUUAAACACAUGAAUACAGUAUAAACAAACUGAAGUUUUAAGGAGCUGAUCCAGUCUCUCUGAUCUCUGAGAAGACUUCAUAUAGGAUACACUUCUGUAGAGCUUACACGUUUAUUUAGUCACUCUCUAAAAUGAUACCCUUUGCUUGAUGUGAAGGUGCACUAAAAUGACUUUAUUCAAUAUAUUCUGUAAUAUGAAGCAUUGUCUCCCACCCAUCAGUCUUUAGGUGAGGACAAAGAUAAAGGAGAACCCCCCCCCCCCACACACACACACACACACACCUCUGUUAAACUGAAUGUUACUACACCACCCCUUAAGGUUAUGCUUUCCUAUAAUGAGUGCCUCAGUGACUCUCAGUGAAGGGGGGUUGAUGUUGUGUGCUGUCGUGUUUCUCAUGCAGAAUGUAAGUGUGCUUGUUCUGAUUGUCUGUACUCUAGAACAUGUAAGACAAACUACCAAUGUGAAAGACAUGUAGAUAGUUGUGAAGGAAAUAGUCUGUACUUCGGUGAAAACUGGACUGGACCCUGCAUGAAUGUUUUUUUCUUUUCUUUUCUGGUAAAUCUCAUCAGAAUUUAUGUCCAAGAAUGACUUUGAUAAACCUUCUGGGUGUGUUUCCUGGGAUGUGUGUGAGGGACCAAGCAGGUGGGUGCAAGGCCAGAAAUUGUCAAAAAGGUGUGUUCAAUUUCCCCUCAGCAGUGGGAGUGUUUCAACAUGUUUUUGUAUUAUUUUAAGAUGCACCACCUACCAUGCUUUUUUCAAACCCCCUUUGAAGAUCAGCUUGUGCCUCAGAACAGCUGAGGUUGGGGUUUUGUCUCCCAGCGUUCAGUUGAUGUGCAGAAUGCAUGAUGUACAGUGUGGACGGUGCAUGUUAAGUGUAGCUAGUGAAUGCACCCUGCUGUGUUAUCAGUCAGAGGAAGUGGAAGCUGCAUGAGGACCUGUGAUGGGUUCAAAGUGAUCAUCUCAAUACAUCACAGUUCUGUUGCGGAUACUACAUUAGCCUGAGGCAGACAAUAUGUCAGGCAUGAAUUCAGAGGUGUUGCUGAAGAAUACUAAUAAAAUGUAUUUUAAUUUGCUCUUUGAAACAUGUUACUAUUUUGAGACUUUUUGUGUGCAUACAAUGACAGCUGGACUGUGUGUUUGGGUCUAACAUCCUGCUGAAUAAAUGCUUCUCUGAUGAGCAUCAAA